AUGGGAUUUCAGAAUCAAACUUACAGCAGUGACUUUAUUCUACUGGGACUGUUCUCUUCCUCUCUAACAAGCCAGAUAUUCUUCUCGUUUCUUUGUGUCAUUUAUAUUAUGACUGUAACAGAAAACACAGUCAUGAUUCUCCUGAUCCGUAGAAACAUACGCCUCCACACUCCUAUGUAUUUCUUGCUCAGCCAUCUCUCUUUCAUGGAUAUCUUGCAUAUUUCCAACAUUGUUCCUAAAAUGGUUGCUGACUUCCUGUCAGGCAGCAGAACAAUUUCAUUCAUAGGUUGUGGCUUCCAGAUAUUUUUGUCCCUCACUCUCUUGGGUGGUGAAUGCCUCCUCUUGGCAGCAAUGUCCUAUGAUCGCUACAUAGCCAUUUGUCAGCCACUGCAUUACCCCAUUCUUAUGAAUGAAUAUGUCAGCAUUCUCAUGGCUGGUGGGUCCUGGCUUGUGGGGACAUUCAACGCCACAGUUCACACAAUUUAUGCUCUCCACUUCCCCUUUUGUGGCUCAAGGGCCAUUGAUCACUUUUUCUGUGAAGUCCCAGCCAUGUUGAAAUUGUCCUGUAUAAACACAUCACACUACGAACGAGUCAUUUAUGUUAGUGGCAUCAUAUUCCUAGUCAUCCCUUUUUCCAUGAUUUUUGCUUCUUAUGUUAAAGUUCUUCUUACUAUCCUCCAAAUGAAAUCAUUAGAAGUACGGAGAAAGUCCUUUUCUACUUGCUCCUUCCACAUGAUUGUGGUCAUGAUGUACUAUGGACCAUUCAUUUUUACAUAUAUGAGACCAAAGGUCUACCAUACCUCAGGCCAAGAUAAGCUCUUGGCAAUAUUUUAUACGAUCCUCACUCCUACACUCAACCCCAUCAUCUACAGUUUUAGAAAUAAAGAUGUUCAGGGGGCAAUGAAAAUUAUGCUUGAAAGUAUCUUUCUGCCUAAAAGACUAAUGUAA